UCGAAUAAAACCACUUGCGUACAAUGGAGAAUAUGAAAUGAUACGCAUAUAAUUACUUAAUUGCAUAAUAUGAUUAUAUGAUUCUGUUACUUGAACUGUCACGAAAUGCUUUGAUCAACUGUGUUGUGUAUUGCUGUUUUCACUAAAAUAAGUCAACAUAUUUAUUAACCUUUUAUAUAGAGUUCAACUCUCAAUGCAUGGCUAAAACAGGACAGAGAGCAAUAAUUCAUAUUAAAUCUAUUAAUAUAUAUGAAUGUUGUAUAGAUGGAAACCAAGUAUGCACAUCCACUGCUCCCUUGUCUUACCUUAUGAACUCCCAAGUGGCUCUUCUGUUGUAUGUGGGGUUUGAUUAUUGAUUGGCACGGCGCAUUGAUGGCGAAGCAGGGCGCUCUAUACAGAGAGCUGAAAGGAUGAGAAGCGCUGGAACGAUGAGACUCCAGUAACUUCUGCGUGACCUCUACAUGACAAAGACGGUCUCCAUCAAUUGUCUGCUGGCUUUAUGUGACUCUUUUGGUGCCUUGGGCCGUUUUUUAUCUUUUGUCUUGUUUUGUUUGUACCAGUUAAAAUUCCUGGAUUGGGUUUGAUUUAGCUUGGUUGAAUAUUAAUUGACAUAUUUGGGCCACACAUUUGUGAUGCACAUACAUGUUUUAUGAUAUCACGAAAUGUGUAGUUAGCAGGGAUCCUCCCAUGUGAUGAUGGGCAUUGCCAACUGGGUCUCAAUACACAAAACACACUUUAUUUCAUUUAUUUAUUUUUUACACAGACCGGGUAUUUAAUCAAUUCAGUUUUAUAUGAUAUCGUUACUGUCCUAAUUGAGAGAUAAUGUGAAGUUUGUGAAAUCAGCUACUAGGUGUGCACAGCUUCUUCUCGGUUGAUGGAGUCCCUCCGCCUGGAUUGGCCGAGCUGGUCACGUGGUAGCCUAACUUUAUUCAGUUGACAGCAAGUAGGAGGGCUUUAUGGAGGGAGGAAAAAAAGACAACUCGAGAAAAAUUAGUAUUUCCUACCUUCAGAAAUUAAUGGCCAUGAGUUCGUACAUGGUGAACUCCAAGUAUGUGGAUCCCAAAUUUCCUCCUUGUGAGGAAUAUUCUCAGAACAGCUAUAUACCUGAACAGAGCCCAGGCUACUACAGUCCGUCGCGGGACACUGGUUUCCAGCAUCCCGGGAUCUAUUCACGGUCAAACUACUCUGAGCAGCCUUACAGCUGUAACACUGUCCAGGGCUCGUCGGUGCAGCCUCGGGGUCAUGUGCAGGAUCCAGCCGGCCACCCGAGCCCUUACCCCGCACAGACAGAGCAGUGUCCUGCGGUCCAGAUAUCCGGACCGAGGACUUGUGGACCACAACAAAACACAAAGAGCCAGAACGGGAUACCAGCCAAGCAGCCUGCUGUAGUUUAUCCAUGGAUGAAGAAAGUGCACGUUACUACGGUGAACCCGGAUUACACGGGACCGGAACUCAAACGUUCUCGGACAGCCUACACAAGACAGCAAGCUCUCGAACUAGAAAAGGAGUUUCAUUUUAACAGAUAUCUAACAAGACGGCGUCGCAUUGAGAUCGCGCAUACCCUAUGUCUUUCUGAGCGACAGAUCAAAAUCUGGUUUCAGAACAGAAGAAUGAAAUGGAAAAAGGAUCACAAACUCCCUAACACGAAAGGAAGAUCGGCGUCAGCUGGAAAUCAGCAUGCACAACACGCUCAGAAGGACAACCAGACAGAGCUCACAACUUUAUAAGUGGAUAUCUCUCCCUCCCUCCAGAUGUACAGAUGAACUGUAUGUAAUAGACAAUGCUUCUUUGACAUUGCAUGGUAGCAAAUCCUGACAUGUUGGGUACAAGUGCCAAAAACUGAUAUCCAGGAGCACACACCAUGACUAAAUGCAGCAUAAAAGCUGCAAUAGGUUAAAAACUCAAAUUUCAAUAUUUCCGAUAUUGUAAUUCUUUGUAACUAAAGGCAAAAAGAGUAUGAGGCGUCGAAUAAUGGUUCAAGUGCCACUACGAGGUGCAGUAAAACGUUAGAAAGCUCACGCUAUUCCACACAAACUUCCCACAUUUGUUUCAGAGCAUGGUUCGUUUUAGUGGUAGGCUACUAUUCACACUUUUUUUUUUUUUUUUUAAUCUGUGUACAUCUACAGUUAUUUUUAUUUUAUUUUAUUUUAUGUAUUUUUUUACGCGUUUUACGCCUGUGGCGAGUCAAUUUAUCUUAACUUAAAAAUUAAAGAGAACUUCAGUAAUGUCCAGCAUAUAGUAAAUUACGAAUGUCUAUUUUUUUUUUUUUUUUUUUUUUUUUUUUUUUUACUUAAGUCGACUGGGUGCAAGUAACAAAACAAAAUAAAAUUUGUUAAUAAUAAGGGGGAAAAAAUUGCCUGGGAAAUUAUUUAUUUUCUAGACUGAAAAGCUAUAGAAGUUUCCUUCUGAACCUCGUUUAUUGUGCGCGCCUCAUUAAUGGUUUACUAGAUUUUAAAAAUUGCCUAUUUAAUCGAGAAAAAUGUCUCCUUUUGACACGAAUAUUCCAUGCCUUAUACUCCACUAUAAAUCUCGCCCGUCAUCUUUGUUAACAAUCUAGCUACAAUUGCAGAACCAGUAUUUCUUUCUUCCAUAUGUUACCUGAAAUUCUUGAAAAGCAGCUUUUUAUUUUGCAUUUUUUAUACACGUUUAUCCCUCAAGAUGUUUGAACCUUCUAUUUAUUAAAAUGUAAUGUUAAAAGCUUUAUGUUCUACGUGAACGUAAUUAUCCGUUCAAUAAUGAUCAAAUUCAGUUUUGAGUUUUUGAGUUCUUAAAUAUAAAUAUGUAUAUAUUUCUGUAUAUUGUACAUAUUUUUUACAGGCAUAUUUUGCAGUUAUUAAAUAAAUAUUAUGCAGAGAGGUUUCACUCAAACUGCGUCAUAUUGUGUUGAAUAUAUAAACUAUUAGAAAAAGAAAACACGUUUUAUCAAGCACUUUCAUGCACAUUAUGUUAUUUUUGAAAAGCGAUUGGUGUUGAUUUUGAAAUGGUUUUCCAACAGUGAUUAAACUUAGACGCUCUGCUAUCAUUGUGGUGCCUUUGUCUCCUGGAACAAAAACUCGAGGCGUACAUGCAUUGCGAAGGAGUCUUCACAGAGAAGCCUUCACGUUGAGAGCAUGAAAAGGUAUUUUUACAGAAGUUCAACAAAAGCCUCGCGGGCAGGUUCAUCCAGAGGACAGAUUCUGUUGUAUUUGACGCUUCUAGAGCCGCGAGCACUGACCUCUACACUCCUGACCUGAUGGACCUUCAGCCGGUUCUCUCAGACGCGUUUUGCACACAGAUGCUCCAAUAAUGUGUGCUGGUGGAGAAGAAGUGCCGUUUUUUUUGUUUGUUUUUUUUUUAAGAAAAAAAAAUAAUAUUUGCUUGCUUACACAGUGAUUAUUUGCUACGUCAUUCAACUUUUAUGAAUUUGCACUUUAUCAGUGUCUGCCCGAGUCCUGCAGUUUAAAAUCACGGUUACGCUGUACGUAAAUAAACCACCCAUGUGUUUUUCUUCAUCAAGCAAAAUAUAAUGUCAAUGUCAAAGCAUGA